AUGGACGACGUUGUCACCGACGCGCCGCCGCCGUCCCGCUUCUCCCCCGACGACCUCGACAACUUCGCCGCACCCCUGCCGCAGCCCACCCCCAUCCUCGUCGUCUCCCCAAACCCUAGCCCCGCCCCGCGGCUCCUCGUCGUCCUCAUCUCCCCCACCUCCCUCGCCCUCCUCCCCUCCCCGCCGCCUCCUCUCCACGCCUCCCUCCUCCUCCCAGACCUCCCCUUGAAGCAGUCCCGCGCGCCCAUCCGCGUCUACCUCCACCCCUCCUCCGGCGCCCUCCUCGCCGUCGCCCACGGCGCCAUCCCCGCCCACCGCACGCGCGCCGCCGCCAGGAGCCUCAUCUCCGGGCUCCAGCCGGAGGAGGUCCUGGUCCUGGACGCGGUCCGCAGCGGGGCGUACAGGGGCAGGCUCUCCGCGGACGAGCUGGUGGAGGGGAAGCUGGAGACCGGGGCGGCGCGGCGGCGGGGAGGCGUGGGCGCGGCCAAGGGCGUCGCGGCGCUGGCGCCUCCGGGGAGCGUGAUGGACGGGCUCGGCGCCGCCGUGAUGACGGAGUGCGAGAUCCGGGGGAAGGCCGCGAGCAUGGUGGUGACCUGGCCGGCGGCCGCCAGGCCCUCCGACUUCGGGGUCAUGCGGCGCGUGGCGGCGGAGCUCGGCGUCGAUCUGAAGGCCGCGGCCAGGGUCUCCGGCCGGGCCGGGUUGGGCGCGCUGUAUACUUAA